GAGGAGACGGAGAUAUUCUGUCGAGAGUGUGACCGUCGAGCUCUUCACUGUUCGAGCUGCGCGUUGACGCAAGCACGGCGCUGCCCGACAAGUGGCACGCACUGCGAGCAUCGCUAUCGAUUGCCGACUGGAAGAUCUGACUGAUCGUCUGCGCCUUGCUCGUAAAGCUGUCAAGCCUGAUGGCCUGUCAGCUGUCACUGUCAACGCGCGCGUCAACGCAGGCAGGCCGACUCGCUCCUGGCUCUGAAGAUCUGGACGCUCCUCCUGGACGGCCGCAAUGUCAUUCGAAUUCACCUGUCAGAGAUGCAGACAGCCGUUGCGACUCAACGACUCCUUGGCUGAUCUUGCGCCCUCAUCAUACGACAUGCUCGCCUCUACCCUCGUAUCCAGAGAGCCAGCCCGAGUGAGCCCCCAAGCGGCAGUCUCUCGAGACAAGCUGGCAAGAUUGCCUUCUGCUGUUCAAGCAGCCUAUGGCGUCCACGUACUGCCCGGCAAAGGUACAUCCUAUCCAGAAGCACGCACCCCACGCCUCUCUAGCCCAGCUGCGACGACAGAUUCGUUUGUCGUACUAGCAGACUCAAACGUAGCUCCAGAAUCGCCUGCAGCGCAAGUUCACGCCCGACAGGUAGCCACACCUGCUGCUCUUGCCCGGCCUCGGCCAGAAAGGUCAGAGAGCUCCGCUCAAGAUGCUGCCAGUCAUCGCUUGCGCGCAUCCCAGAGGCUGUUCCACCUACUGUCGGCAAGCGGCGAUGCGGACCAUCCGCUAUGUAACGAGUGCGCAGAUGGUCUCGUCGAGAGCAUGAAAGUCAGACUCGCGGAAGCUGCGGCAGAGCGAGACCGAUAUGCAGCCUACGAGAAAGCACUGCAAUCCCAGGGCGCCGAAACAUCGCCAGAAGCCACCGCGUCGCUGGAGACACGGAUCAACCAGCUUGCACUCGAUGAGAUCAGGGAGAAGGAGCAUCUGUGCGAGCUGGAGCGAGACGUUGAAAUGCUAGAGUCACAAUUGAGCGCUCUAGACGCAGACGAAGCCCGGCUAGCGCGCGAGGAGGAGUCAUUCUGGCAGGAGCACAAUACAUACCUGCUCGGUCUGCAGCGACGAGAAGCCGAACUUCGCUCGUUACGGACCCAAUUCGAACACGAUGCCCAAGAGCUUGUCAAGCUUCAGGCGACCAACGUCUACAAUGAUGCCUUCUGCAUUGGGCACGACAGUGGCAUUGCAACUAUCAACGGGUUGAGGUUAGGACGGCUGCCAAAUGUGCCAAUCGAUUGGCCGGAGAUCAACGCGGCUUGGGGGCAUACUCUACUUCUGCUGCAUACCAUCGCACGCAAGCUCGACUUCACUUUUGAUACGUACCGCUUGGUCCCGAUGGGCUCUGUCUCGCGCAUAGAGAGAUUGAUGGGCGACAAGGCGAGCAUGGAGUUGUACGGCUCUGGUGAGCUCUUCGGGCGGGUCUUCCAGAACCGGAGAUUCGAUUUCGCCAUGGUCGCCUUUCUCGAUUGCCUGCGCCAAGUCAUCGAUCACUGCACGAGUGCCGAUCCCAGCUUCAAACUCCCGCACGCGAUUCAUAAAGACAAGGCCGGACAGGUGUCUAUCAAGCUGCAGUUCUCCUCCGAUGAGACCUGGACGAGAGCCCUGCGACAUGUCCUGCUCGAUCUGAAGAUUCUCAUCGCUCGAGUGUUUGCUUGAUGGCAUUUCAGUAUUUCUCAAAACGUUUCCCUGCGCGCUACGCGCCGCCCACACACGAUCCGUGUUUUCUCGGGAAAAUUAUUGCCGCGUUCGACUGUUGAUCGAGCCAGAUCGGCAUGCGAUCGGGGGCCUAGUCCGCUCUCGAAUCAGAACUCAGUAGAAGAGAAUCCAGUCCGCUCUCGACUUUCGGGAGGCUGCCGUGCCUGAGGCGUGGAGUUGCAUGGCUCAUUCAUCGCGCACGAGGCCGGCAGAUCACUUCGAGAUAGACAGCAAACAUCUCAGGCUUGUGG